AUGGCUCUGCCACAACACAUGGUGGAACCUCCCAUCAUGGCAUCGCAACCGACUACGGCCCAAUCUUGGAACAAGCAGAUCAAUUUGGUUAAAGACCUUGGCCCUGGAUCCUAUGGUGAAGAGAGAAUGAUGGACAGACGCACUAGCAGGCAGGUUGAGAGGUCCCAAGCAAGUCGAGUAGGAACCAGCAUGCAAGAAGAAGGACAUGAGCAUGUUGCUGAGCACGCCGGCGUGUCAUAA